UCGCAGGGCGAAACGUGCGACUAUUGAUCCACUUCCGGAUCUGUCAAAAGACUACUCCUUUCCAUUCAAUGCAGCGCCGCGUUCCCACGUCGCUCCUGCGCUGCAUGCAGCAGCGCGGCAUCUCGAGCUCGUCCAGCCGCCAAUGGGACCAAGUGCGCCCGCAUUUCCACGCCGGGGCGCACGGCAACCCGAAGCUAAACCUGCCGCAGACUGUGUCAAUUAUCGGCGCCCCCAUGACGUACGGCCAGCCACUGCUGGGCACGGACGGCGGUCCAGAUCUAUUGCGCGAGGCUGGAUUACACAAGACUUUGGUAGACUUGGGCUGGUCUGUAGAGGAGAACGGUAACCUCAACUUCGUGGCGCCAUCCUCUAACGAUCCGACGCUCGACUCACGCUACGGCAAAGCCAAGCAGUGCUUUCCUGUUGGCAACGGCACGAAGCAGUUGUACGAGACUUUCAAGCAAAAAGCAGGGGAGGGCAAGUUCUGUUUGGUGUUGGGUGGUGACCACACUAUUGGAGCUGGAUCCCUUGCAGGAUUGCUGUCUGUGCACCCUGACGCGGGCGUUAUCUGGGUAGAUGCCCACGCGGACAUCAACACGCCGGCGGACUCGGAGUCUGGCAACAUGCACGGUAUGCCAAUCGCCUUCCUCAUGGACGGUAUGGUGGACAGCUCCAAGAUUCCAGGCUUCGAGUGGCUCAGUAAUGGCCCCAAGAUGAAGCCGGAGCAGCUCGUGUACGUCGGUCUGCGCGACGUCGACUCGUUCGAACGUCGCGUCAUCCAUGAGAAGGGAAUUAAGGCGUUCUCUAUGCAAGAAGUGGACCGCUACGGUAUUGGCAAGACGAUGGAGAUGGCGCUGGACCAUCUUUGUGGCAAGAAGCAGCGGCCUUUGCACAUGAGCUACGAUAUCGACGCAGUGGACCCACUGGUGGCUCCCUCGACAGGCACACGUGUACGUGGUGGCCUUACGUGGCGUGAGGCUCAUUACGUCGCUGAAGCUGUGGCGGAAACCAACUUGAUGGUGGGUCUGGACAUGGUCGAAGUGAACCCGACGCUGGCACCUGGCGAUGGAGCUCAGAUUACGGUCGACAUGGCGCUCAUGCUCAUCUCGUCGGCGCUCGGAAACCGCAUCUUGUAAGACAAUUCUCAGUUUACAUGGGUUCGUAGGUAAAUUUCACACCUCGUUUAGCAAUAACGAACCCAGACACGACCACAAUAUCAUGAGCAAAUUGCGUUCUA